GGAGCGACUGUUUCAGUCGAGGACUCAGCCUUAGUUUUCUGUUCAGCAUCCGCUUCCGUCGUUUCCACCGUUUCCGGCACGUUUUUUGUUUCAGUUUCCUGUUCUGCUUCCCUCUCGACUUCCUUCUUCUCUACAAGUUCAGAAGCUACGGAUGCCGCCGUUUCUUUCUCCACGGGGUUCAUCUCAGGCAAGCAAGGAUCCUCUAAGCUGAGAUUCUCCGUUUUUUCCUCCAAGCUUUUUGCCAUUGCUGACUUGGUGGUAAACAGUGAACGCGUGUGUUUCACGGCAGACCUUGUCAACAACCAAUCCUACCGAGGAAACAACAAUUUUGUUAAACAACGGUUGUUGAAAACAGCUAGACUCCUUCUUUUGGAACCACGGACCGCGUUUGCUUGAUUUGCUACGUCUUUGCGGUGAAUGGACGCAAAUUUGGCAGAAUACCAAUUUUCAAAAAACGAAGGAAGCGUCAAAGUUUUGGGAGGAAAAGAAUUAUUUAAAGAGGCUUUUUUGGAUUAAAAUUGGAAUUGUUUUACGAGGUUCUAGUGGACGAUUGGUAUUUACAGAUUUACAGGAAGAAUAGGGUAAAAAGAUGGGACACACAGGACACGAGAAACGUUCCGUCGACGAAGUUUGUCCUUCCUCCGGAAAUGAUGUUACAUCAAAAAAGCAAAAAACAAAGGAGCCCGUCGAGACUCGACACCGUUUAGAGGUGCAGAAAAAGUUAAAGAAGCUCUCGUCCGUGCUCGACUCUGUCCUCGGGUUGCUGGACAGCAUGCCAGAGGAAGAGAAGCUACAGGAGGUGGAUGAAAAGCUUUGUCGGAAGAUGAAGAACGUUGCCGCCCACUUGAGCUCAAGUUUAAAGGGGAAGGGGGAGAAGGAGCCGGCUGCUGAUAAUAUUGCAGCUGCAGAGGAGGAAGAGGGCGAGGUCGUGGAAGCGACAAAUGCACCAAUACUUGCAUCCCAAUUCUCUUCAUCCCAUCUCCCUUCGCUAUACCCCUCUGACAGUGAAAACGAAGAAGGAGAAUGGCCCCCUCCGUUACCAAAAUUAAAGUCCUCCAAAUUGGAGAAACAGGUGUUCAUGCACAUUUCACGAGCCUACGAACUCUAUCCAAACCACUCUAAUUCACAAGACCUACUCUCCGUCCACAACGAGCGGCUUGAGUUUCUUGGUGACAGUUUCUUCAACUUCUAUACUACGCGACUCAUCUACGAAAGGUUUGCCGAACUCAACGAGGGGGAGCUGUCCAAGCUCCGGUCCAAGCUGGUCGGCAACGAAACGGCAGAAAAGUAUGCUCGCCUGUAUGGCUUUGACAAGCGCCUCGUGCUGAGUGUUUCUGCAGAAAAGGACGAGUUGCGAGAAGCCAAAAAGGUGAUCGCCGACACCUUCGAAGCGUACCUGGGAGCACUCGCUUUGGACGGCCAGGAGCGAGAAGCGUACCGCUGGGUACGACGACUGACAGAGCCGAAACUACGCGAAACGGUUGUUGACGGGCCGAUUGACAAGCGCGCCAAGGCCAAACUUUAUCACCGCUACAAGCACCAGGGCUUUAUUGAAUAUGCUUGGGUCGAUGGCAAGGGCGGCUCAUCUGAUGGCUAUGUUGUCGCAUGCAAAUUCAAUGGGGAUGAAAUUGCGCGAUCAUGGGGAGCCAACCAGAAGGAUGCUGGAGCCCGAGCUGCAAUGAAAGCACUAGAAAUACUUGCUAAGAGAGAACGCAAGCGGUAGCGAGAAUACGCGAGAAUUGGCGAACACAAGCGAACGUUACCGAAGCUCCGAGCUGUUUAUUUUGGUGGUGAGAAAUGCUGGGGAUUUCGGCACAGACGACAAAAGCGAUAAACCAACAGUGCACCACUGGACGAAUUGCAGCGAAUUACACACCUCCUCCAACACACGAUCUCAUCCAGGGUGCUAAGCGACCGCUCGGGAUUCGUUCUUUCACGGUUCCUCCUACAGUUCCUCUUUCUUCGAACUCGGAUCUGCAUUUUGAGCCUCUGUGCCUACGUCAUUGUCGCAUCGCAACGCGAAAUCAGCAAAUCAGCAUGCGGUAUUGUUAUGCCGAUCUUUUCCCCCUGUCGGCGUUUCUUUUCCCCGCGCCGAGCCCCGCGAGCUUAUUCGGCGACUGUGUUCGCUUAUGAAAUGAUGCGCAGCAAAUCGGCUCUAAAUACGCAAGUUUCGUGUAUGUCCACGAGCUGAUCGGAACGAAAAGGCGACCUUAACGACGACUCUAACGACUCUAAAUGAUGACAACAUCUGCUGUCUCUCAAGUUAAUCAUCGCUACUCAGCCCACUUAAGCCUCCUUCGUACUAAGGUGAGUCACAUCUGCCUCCUUACUGAAUGUCACCUCGGUUUC